AUGAGCGAUUCACUUGUUGCAUUUUACAGGAGAGAUAGUCGAAUGAAAUCAAGAGCGACACCCGUUAUGCUGCGACAUCGCAUCUUUUACAAGAGUAGUGUGCCACCACUUCAUUAUAAACACAUGCGUGAAUGCCCGUUCAAAGACCAGGCGCCGCAACAUCCAACUGUGGGAGCUCGAGAUCAGACGGAGAGCACGACUACAGCUCUGGACGGCGUAACUGCACGCCCUAAUAAGGCAAAGGGCGUUAAUAAGCGCCCCAGGGAAGGUGCAAGCCCAGAUGCGAGUCCGCAACGGGCGACUCAAAGCGGGAAAAGAAUUAAGCGAAAGGAUGCUCCACAGCUUGGUUCUGAGUCGCUAGAUGGAACGAAAGAGGCGCCCUUAAAUAGUCCUGGCAGUUCGUAUGCUGAGACCGUUUUAAAGGACGGAGCGGACAAUGGGGACGGCUUCAAAGUUGUUAAAAGCAAAAAGAAACGGACUCCAAAAGAGAAACCCUCAGGUGAGAAAAAAGAGCUUCCGAAGCCCCCUUUGAAGCUGAGGAGCACGGAAGCUGUUAAAAUUACGGCAAGCGACCCAAAGCUUUAUGAGGAUGCACUGUCUUCGGCCCUGCAUGGUAAAGCUGAGGUCACACCUCUAGUGAAUAAAAGGUCUCUAGAGAUUAAGGAUUUGGACGAAGCCACCUCAGAGGAUGAGGUAACUGCAGCACUAAGAGAAAAGCUGGGUAAACCCGACCUGAAGAUGGAGUGUCGACUUUUGCCGCGAUACAGAGGAACUAAGGUUGCUCUGCGAGGCAGGGACCCGAGACAAGAAGACGACGACGACGACGAGAUCGAGGAGGUGAAGAAGAGGCAGAAAGAAGAAGAAGAAGAAGAAGAAGAAGAAGAAGAAGCGUAUACCGCAAAACCAGUUCGCGGGUGA